UCUCCCUGCGCCGCUGCGCCGCUGCGGAAGCGGAAAGCGCAGAGUGCGGCUCCAGACUCGCGGCUCCAGACUCACGGCUCCGACGCGCCGCUGUCUCCGUCCCGUUCGUCCGCCUCAGCGCAGCUCAGCCCCGGGAGACAUGGCAGGAAGACUUCCGGCGUGCGUGGUCGACUGCGGCACCGGUUACACCAAACUGGGAUACGCCGGGAACACAGAGCCUCAGUUCAUCGUCCCGUCAUGUAUCGCCAUCAAAGAGUCGGCCAAAGUGGGAGACCAGGCCCAGAGGAGGAUCAUGAAGGGAGUGGACGAUCUGGACUUUUACAUCGGGGACGAGGCGGUGGACAAACCCACGUACGCCACCAAGUGGCCCAUCCGUCAUGGGAUCGUGGAGGACUGGGACCUGAUGGAACGUUUCAUGGAGCAAAUUAUCUUCAAAUAUCUGAGAGCCGAACCUGAAGACCACUACUUCCUCCUGACGGAGCCUCCUCUGAACACUCCGGAGAACAGAGAAUACACGGCUGAGAUCAUGUUUGAGUCCUUCAACGUGCCCGGACUCUACAUCGCCGUGCAGGCCGUGUUGGCGCUGGCCGCCUCCUGGACGUCUCGGCAGGUCGGGGAGAGGACUCUGACGGGGACGGUGAUCGACAGCGGAGACGGAGUCACUCACGUCAUCCCUGUGGCGGAGGGGUACGUGAUUGGCAGUUGUAUAAAACACAUCCCGAUCGCGGGCAGGGACAUCACUUACUUCACUCAGCAGCUGCUCCGAGACCGAGAGGUGGGCAUCCCCCCCGAGCAGAGCCUGGAGACGGCCAAGGCCGUGAAGGAGCGCUUCAGUUACGUGUGCCCGGACCUGGUCAAAGAGUUCAACAAGUACGACACGGACGGCUCCAAGUGGAUCAAACAGUACACGGGCAUCAACGCCAUCACCAAGAAGGAGUUCACCAUCGACGUGGGCUACGAGCGCUUCCUGGGACCCGAGAUCUUCUUCCACCCGGAGUUUGCCAACCCGGACUUCACCCAGCCCAUCUCCGAGGUGGUGGACGAGGUCAUUCAGAACUGCCCCAUCGACGUCCGGCGCCCGCUCUAUAAGAACGUGGUCCUGUCUGGAGGCUCCACCAUGUUCAGAGACUUCGGGCGGCGUCUGCAGAGGGACCUGAAGAGGACGGUGGACGCUCGCCUCAAGAUCAGUGAAGAGCUGAGCGGAGGAAAGCUCAAGCCCAAACCCAUCGACGUGCAGGUGAUCACCCACCACAUGCAGAGAUACGCCGUGUGGUUCGGAGGCUCCAUGUUGGCGUCGACUCCCGAGUUCUACCAGGUCUGUCACACCAAGAAGGACUACGAGGAGAUCGGGCCCAGCAUCUGCCGCCACAACCCCGUCUUCGGAGUCAUGUCCUAACUCCCCCCCCCACGCCACCAGGGGCAGCACCGGGGGACGGGGGGGACGG